CAGAGUGCUCCAUCGUGUCUUGAACUUCAUUCAUGCGAUAGUGAUUAUUAGUCAGAAAGAUUGGUGAUAAGGCCUGCAUUCUUAACCCAGUGACCUACAUUUAAGCCCGGUGAAACGAAUAACAGACAAUGACGACGGCAAGCAGCAUGAAAGAAGACAGAGGUGAAUGCUACACUCCACCACAAUGUCCUGCUCCGAGAUCAGAGACGGAAGAACAGCGCGUGUGCUUAGCCACAUUAGAGGACAGGGACCCCGUCAUUGCCAUCGACAGAGACAUCUUUCAUGGACGAGACUUUCUUCCGGCGAUUUAUCCUUCGUUAGUACAAGGCCAAGGUGUUUACAGUCACAUUUGCAAGAUAGGGAACCGAGUGGUGAGCUUUACUUCAGUGGAAAUUGUGGACGGAGGACAAACCGUGGUGACAUCAGGAGGCCGCGUGUCUCCAGACUGUCGUGGUUCCGGUGUGUACGGGCGAUUCAUAAAACAGGUGUUGCAGAACUACACCUCAUUGCCAGGAAUCAGGUAUCUGGCCUUCACAACGAACAACAUUAACAUGGACGCCAACGGAGCAAAAAUCCUCAAGACGCACAAGCUAAUCCUAGAAAAGGAAAUCUUUACCGUCGAUGUAGAUGGUUCUGCAAUGGACAGCAGUAUUAGUGAGGAAUCCCUUCCUGGGGUGAGAAGCCUCACCGAAGAGGACAUCAGAAGACUGCUGUCAGCGGAUCCUGGACAACUGCGCCAUCUGUUCCCCGAAGAGAGGAUCGUCUUGGGUUGGAAACCUUUUCGCUUGAUGGUUUCCAACCUGCACCACCUCCUCACUUACUCAUCGUCUCCCCGACUGUUCCUGGCCAGCAUCGCUGGGAACGAAGAUGUGAUCUCCACACCGUUGCUGUCGUGCGGCAGCUUCUACCCUUGCAAGCUUGGCGUCUGCUACAUGCUCGACAUGUUCGGAAACGGAAACACCCAGCAGCUUCUCACGCACUUCGAAUGGCACGUGCGACAGUUGCAUGGUAUUGUGGGAAAGAGCAACGCUUUGUUCAGUGUUUUCUUUUCUAGAAGCGUCGAAGGUGAGAUGAAGCUGAUGCGAGAAAACCACCCAUUCAUUCACGAUGUCCAGCAUCCGCCGUACAACAAACUUGUGGUCUUAGAGCAAGAAUUGUAGCCAAUGUCGUGAUCAUUCGUUUGUCUGAAACUUUGUCACGGUCGUGAUGUGGUUAUUGAUAAUGUUUUGCUGACGAUUAUGUGGCUGGGUGACGGUCAAAAGGGAUUUUUUUUUUCUCGAGGCCGUUAAGUCUCCGUCAGUGAGCUAUGCAUUGCUUGCUGGAUCUUAUUUCAGAAACAAUUGUUUAUCGCAAACAUUUAGUGUGGGCAAAUGUUGGACACACGAUUAGCUAAAGGCAAUCAAUAAAUGUAUUGAAUAAAUUAUUCUGUGCUGUACACAAACAGAACUAAUUCGCAGCAGCUAAUGCCAUUGACUGAUAGCGCCGCCCCAUAGAGCCCCUGUUUGUCUGCGAGCGUUGUAUCGUGCCAUAUUUUAUUUUGGUUAUUGCUUCUGAUAAAAUGUUAUUGUAUUAUCUAUCUUAAUAAAGUUGUGUAAUUUGUAUAUGGAAAGCCGACUUGGGAAGUAAAUAUCGCCAGUUUCAGACUAUUGCCAAAAUUUUGUCUCCACUCUCCCUUCUAUAAAGGGCGGUCUAGUGGCGUCACUGUUAGCGCCUGUCACCAACACAGUGAGGGUUGGACUUCAUGGGUUCAGCUCUCGC